AUGGUUGGAAUAUAUCCAAUGAGAAAGGAGAAAGAUAGGUACGCAAAAGUGGCGAACGACGGCAAAAGUAUUUUGAAAUUGAUUGAUGACGACAAAGUAACUAUCACAACGUUAACCAUGUGCAAGGGCGACUAUGAGUUAGCUCUUCAACGUCCAGCUCAAAGUGAUAAGGAAACAAUUGAGGAAGUUUCUCAACAGAGAAAAUUCCUUCAAGUAACCUACUGCCCAACAGUAAAUCUACUACAGUUGCCAUUGGCCACGUUCAAUGGUGACCCUAAAGGUUGGAGAGAAUCCCGUGGUACACUCUCAAGAAAUUUCAUCCAAAACUGA